UUUCAACAACGGUUGUCGAAAACCAAACGUUCUUUGUCAUAUAAGAGUUACUAUACAGAGAACGGUCUCUUAACAAAAGAACAGUGCUUCCACUCGUUGUGUCACCUAACUUGGGUGGUUUGAGAAUAUCCAUUUUGACAAAUCUCUAAAUUCAGUUGUCCCCCCCCUUCCCCUUUUCACACUACUGCAGGCCGAUGAGCUUCUGAUACUGAUACUCAACCCAAUAGUUUGAAAUCGUUACUACCUAGAUGUACAGAUAAUAACUAUAAUCUGCGGUCAAGAUGCCUGUCGAAGUCAAGAGUUACCAAACAGCUGGCCAUACUAUAGCUACAUGCAUCGCAUUAGCAGUCCUCGAUAUCAUCGUCGUAGCACUGAGAUUCUGGACACAACGGAAGAUGAGGGUAGCCUUGAAAGUUGACGACUGGCUUGUCGUAAUUGCGACUAUAUUCGGGGUGGCAGUAUCUUGCACUUUGAUAUAUGGCGUCUCGCAAAAGGCGUUCGGAUAUCCUUUGGAAAAGGAGAACCUUGAAGUGCAGAGGAAUCAAGGAGCUCUAAUUAAUAAGGUCCAAUAUGCCGUGCUUCUCAUGUUGCCGAUAGCCUACGGGUGCACCAAGGCUAGCUUCUUGUUCUUCUACAUGCGGAUCUUCUCCGUUAAUCAUCGAAGCAAGACGCAUACGUUCCUUGUUGCGUUCGUCGUGCUCAUAUUUCUCUGGGUCGUCAGUUUCUUCUUUGCCACGCUCUUCCAGUGUCGGCUGAACUUCUGGACAUAUGGAAGUGGUGAUCAAAAUUUCCUAUCCCAAUGCGUCGAUACCGGCUCCCUGGCUAUGGCCUUCACUGGAUCGGACUUCCUGCAAGAUUUGGUGGUCAUUAGCAUUCCGAUACCUCUGGUCUGGCGUUUGCACUUGUCCGUGCCCAAGAGAUUGAGUGUCAUAGGCAUCUUCCUCCUGGGUGUAGUGACUGUUGGGGCGUCUUUAGCUCGCCUCAUCAUGACUAUAGAGUUAGCUCACGGAACCUUCGAGGAAAACAGUGAUCGAACAUACCGCGUCACCACUUACCUAUACUGGGCCGUCGUUGAGUGCGGUGUGGGGGUGCUUGCUGCUUGCCUGCCGACCCUUCAAAGCCACUUCCACGGGAUGACAUGGAGUGACGUCGUUUCCUCGACAGUAUCACUCGUCCGCAUUCGUUCCUCGAAUUCGCGCCUCGAUAAAUACGCCAAGAGCAACUCCACCAUCCAUGUUAACCACUCGACGGAGGCUCCGUACCAUGGGAAAGAAAGCGGCUCGGCUCGGUCCAGCUCGAGCCGUCAGCAUCUGCGACCUGGGGCGAAGACGAGCGAGGAGCCUAUGCCGGAUCUCCCGCGAGAGUACAUGUCAGAAGUUGUAUAAGUUAUAUCAAUGCGGGCUUUGAUUCCUUUUCCAUUGGCUAAAGUGAUAGAUAGGCCUGUUAUAUCACUGUAUGGGUAGGUAGGUAGAUACCUGGUAUUGCGACACGAAUUUUUUAUGUAAAAGGUAGUUAUAGAAGAAAGUUGUAUUUCCCACGCACACGCACACGCCUACAGUCCCAGCUUGGUAGAGGUAUCAAUAGCGAUGUGACACACCAUGUGUUGCUUGUGGUUAAGGGGUAAUCUGUCAGAUAUUUUCUUAAGCGCUACAAGAAACCAAUGCAAUUACCACGAUAUCGGGGGUUUAGCGCUUUGAUUCCUACUUCAAGUUAGUGCUAGGUAGGUAC